AUGUCCACGAUAACCCCCAACGCUCUUCAGAGCUCGGUGCCACCGACCAUCCCCCUGCCCUUCAACGGCAACCAGCCCGAGAAGAUCCGCCUCUACCCGCUAUCGAACUACACAUUUGGCGUCAAAGAGACGCAACCGGAAGAGGACCCCUCGGUGCUGGCGCGCCUGAAGCGGCUCGAGGAGCACUACAGCGCGCACGGGAUGCGGCGCACGUGCGAGGGCAUCCUGGUGUGCCACGAGCACAACCACCCGCACAUUCUGAUGCUGCAGAUCGCCAACGCCUUCUUUAAGUUACCGGGUGACUAUCUCAGGCCGGAGGACGACGAGAUUGAGGGGUUCAAGCAGCGGCUGGACGAGCGGCUGGCGCCCGUGGGCAGCCUCGGCGAAGGCGAGAAGGCGGGCGACUGGCAGGUGGGCGACUGCCUCGCGCAGUGGUGGAGGCCCAACUUUGAGACGUUCAUGUACCCCUUUGUGCCGGCCCAUGUGACGAGGCCGAAGGAGUGCAAGAAGCUUUACUUUAUUCAGUUACCCAAGUCAAAGGUCCUCAGCGUGCCAAAGAACAUGAAGCUCCUAGCCGUCCCCCUUUUCGAGCUCUACGAUAACACAGCCAGAUACGGCCCGCAGCUUUCCGCCAUUCCCCAUCUGCUUAGCCGCUACAACUUUGAGUUCGUCGACGAGAACGGCGAGGUGGUGGCUGUCACUCCCGGUGAUGGAGACGGCUACGUGCCCAAGACCAAGAUCCUGGCGAGCGGCGACGAUGUGGACAUGAAGACGGAAGAAGGCAACGGUCUUUAG